AUGGGCGAGUUUAAAAACGUUACUCCCUUACGAAACGAUGAAACCUGGGGUCUUAGAAAGCUGGUUGAAAACGAACUGACUAAGGAAUGUUUCGCUAGUGGUAAUUCUGGAAAUAUCCGUGUUAUUAUUGGACCUGUUUCGCCAAAUAAAGAUCUUCAAGAAAUUACAGAAGGAAUUCAGGGCUUACAAAUUCGUUGGACUUUUGAAGAACGAUUGAAGCUAUUAACUGGAGUGUUAAUUAAAAAUCUACCUGAAACAACUGCAGGAGUUCCAGAUGUCAUCGCAAGUAUUCCAGAUAUUAUCGCAAGUAUUCCAGAAAUAAAAGACAAAAAAGAAACUCGUGAAGGGCGAUUAGAGUUAUUGGAAAAGUUAUUGGAACGUAUGCUUCAAACAUCGGAUUUAAAAUGGGAUGGAAUGGCUGGUAUUGUUGGAACAAGGACUCGUAUAGGUUGUAAAAGCCAAUGGCAUGAUCAAGCUAAGAAAAAAAGAUUAAGUGAUUGGUUAUUCCAAGAUUAA